AUGCCUUCAGAAGUUAAAAGUCUUAAUCUUAAUAAUAUAACUUUAUUAAGAGAAAAUAAUAAACCAAAGGAAGAAUCUUCAAGUCCAAAGUCCUUGAUGAUCAAAGAUGGAUCUCGUGAUAUUUGUUUUAUUAAUCUUUCAAGCUCCCAUGUUAAGAUUACCCCCGAUAACAUUCUGAUUAAUGUUGAGUUCAAUUCAAAGAAAUAG